AUUUAUUUAUUCAGAAGUUAAACUGUUGAACAAAUUUUCAUUCCUGAAAGUUCUUCCUCAAUUCUUUCCUUUUAAAUUCGAGAAGCAGAAGAAAGACGAGUGAUAUUCCAAAUCCAUACGUUUCUUGAGAAGAAGAAGAAAAAGACAAGAAGAAAGAGAGCAAAGGCGUGAUUAAAGCAUGGCAGAAGAAGAUCCUUCUUCGACUAUUAGGUUAAUGAACUUCGUCUCAGAAGGACAGUUAUCUGAAGCCAAGAAAACUAGAGGAGAAAGACCUGAAGAUGGAACUGCUCAGAGAGAUAGACCCCUCUUUGAGAUUCUGCAGGAUAAUAAGGAUAAGAAGGAUGCAGAAUUCAAUGAAAAGAUAAGGCAUAGGCCACCCAAAGCUUUAGAUGAGGAUGAGACAGAGUUUCUAGACAAUAUUGAAAUGACGAGAAAGGCAUAUGAACGGCAAAUAGCAGAUGAAGAAGCCCAACAACUUCGGAGUUUCCAAGUAGCAGUUGCAGUUCAUUCUACAGCUCUACAUGAAAUCAAAGAAACAUCCCCUGUACCAAAGGUGGAGGAAGUGAAGCCACUCAGAAAAAAAAAUCCACCAACAAAACCAUUAGGAGGAUUGAUUAUAAAAGUAAAGCCACAAGCAAAGAAGGCUAAGACGGAACAAGUUAGUUCACCAGGUAAUCGGCCUUCUUCGGACACUGCUAAAACAUCCGUUGGUGAUAACAAUGAUAAGUCUCAUAGUAGUCCAGUUAAAGGUACUCUUGGAAGUCUUGUUUCAUAUAGCGAUGAAAGUGAAGAUGAAGAAGGUGGUUGAUUUUUAUUCUUUUAAUCAACAAUGUGUAAUUUAAAAAUCCUAAUUUGUUUGGGAAGAAACUUUUUACAAAUAGUUUACAUCCAUCACAAAAUAGAUUCGUUUGGUUUUGCUGGA